GUGGUGGUUUUUUGUUUUUUGUUUUGUUUUUUGUUUGGUUUAUUAUUAUUUUUUUUUUUGGUUGAAAAGUGUUAAUAAGGAAGAGAAAAGUAAACUAGUUUUGAUUUUCAAUUCCCCGCAGCGGAAAAGUUUGUUUCAAAUGUUGAAAUCUUUGUGAACAUGCAAACGACAAACCUAAGGCACGUUCAUCACCCAUGACUGAAGACAAAUGAAAGAAUGUUCCGAAGUUGUGGAGGUCACAGGCAUUGUCAGAAGAACUUUUAAUAAGUAUUUCUAAGUAUUCUAUUGAUGUUCGGGUACAAGAGAGGGUCGGCGUGAGGAAUUUUGUCUAUUCUUCUAAUCACGUGUUCUAUAGUUUACGUCGGGGGGCGCACUUUGCAAGUGAUCAACAAACGUGCGGUCCGUUUCUUCCGUGAAACUGAUGAGAACAUGGAUGUUUCUUUGUUAUGGUGUGUGUGUCAUAUAAUUUUUUUUAUUUACUGGGCGAUACAAAAAUUACAAUAUGACAUGUGUCCCCUUGGUGGUAUAUUUCGUAUUCCACACAAAUUGAUCACUUUAAUCUCUUGAUCUUCUCUCCGUAAGCUCGACUGAGCAUAGUUGCAUAACAGGUUUUAAUAGAGAGAUAAUUAAGGCCUUAAUCUCGUUUAAGUGAUGGUCAGAGUUCGCUGACGGGUCUUGCAAGAUUAGUGCCAUUUUCCAAAGGGUUCUAGUUCGGCUGUGCUAUUGAAAUGUUCGAAAGAUGCAUUUGAAGUCAGUGACUGAGAAAUCGGGACUUUUUGUUGAAAUGGAAAUGAGUGCCACUAGCUAAAUGGACAGUGGAUACUAAAAAUAAAAAAAAAUGUUACAGGAAUUUGUGAAACAGUUCACUUCGGUGUGCUUAUUUGUCAAGACUCCUCCCCCUCAUUCAUCCCUACUUAUUUAUGCAUUCUGGCCCAAAGCUGAAUCUUCAAUGAAAUCACAUGACAAAAUUGAAACCUUUGUGAAAUCUUUACAGAAUAGACAACGUUCGUUUAUAACGAUGACUGAUUUACAUCCUGAGAUCCCCUUUGAUAUGGAUAUUUUUUUCUCGGUAGUUUUUGUGUAUAUCCACUUAUCUUAAAUCUCUUUCAUUCCGCACACAUUUCGUUUUCCCAUGUCAUCCUCAGACUAUGCUGGCAGUACAACUUGCGCUGACAAAGCUUUGAUUUACCCGUGGUCUCGGGCUUCGAAAAGUGACUAGGAUCAUUAACUUAAUGCGUUUAGUCUUUUCAGUAUGAUCUUAUAAUUUUUCCUAAACACAAUCAUGCACAACACAACAUUCAUUUCUAAACGUCGUACGGCGUACGUAAACACGCGCACACAAAAUUAUUAAAAAAUCAUUCUUAUUCUUCAUCAGUCAUCACAUUUAAUCUGAGCUAGAGUUACUGAUCUUACUUCAAAUGCAUGUGGCCCAAUGAUUGAGGGACAUUUCCAUCCCCUUCUUGGGAGUUUUACUUUUACUUAUUCCGAGAAGUAACCUCCCCCUCCCCUGCUAAUUUAAAGAAAUUCCCACUGCCUUUAAAAGCUAAAUCCUCAGUGAUUAAGUGAUGAACAUAUAGAUCUAUUAAAUCACAGCCUUUAGCAUUUUUUUUUUCUUUUCUUUUUUGCUGAUUUAAUACUGACAAUGAUAAACUCAGCACAACCAUCUUUUCCCGGAGGGAAAAUACUGCUCUCAUCAACAGCAACAAUCAAGUAUCUUCACACGAACUAAUCUGUGCAGGUGGAUACACAUUAUCUUACAUAAAUAAUUCAUGCAAAUGUUACCCUGAUUUCUGUCUCAUCUUUAAAUGAAAAAGAACACUGGAUAUCUCGCAUUCAUGUCUUGUAUUUUGGUGUUUUUCCCUAUCAAAACAAAUUGAAAGGAACUCCCGUGGUGUCGAAGAUAACUCUUUUGGAAUCUCCCCAUUGGUGCCCCCCUUAACAUGUGUCCAAUCGAGAAAGGAGAGAAAAAUGUGUGAAUUUUAACACCUUCAGCGACGGGGGUCAGAGGAGACCGGACUAAUUUCCUUCCAUGUUCAUGCAUUGAAAUUUAGAUUAUGAGAGCAAAAUUGAAGCCAGCUUGGAUGGAGUAAUAGAGAUGUGUAUUUCAGUGCCUGGGAUGUGUCCAUCUUUAUUUUAGAUUCCCAGUGACUACUUUCUCAUCAUGCAUAAAAUUUUCUCUGAGGAUGACAUGUCCUAGAGCCAACGAGGGAAUUGAAAGGAACAAGAAAUUGCAGGAUGCAUUUGUCGUCAUGGAAACUUGACUUGCAUUGAAGAUUUGAUACAUCCCCAGAGAAGCCACACAAGGAAUAGUUCCUAAUCGCUACAAAUGGAGAACCAUCUGAUACUGCGGAGAUGUUUCAAUGCCAUUUACAGUGGAGGCUUAUUAUUGGAUUAUGCGAACACCAAAAGAAAAUUUUGCUACAAUUAGGUGAUAUAUGGACUUUGAUGUGUUCGCAAUUUGAUAUUCUGCUUUACCACAAUGUUCGAGUUUGGAUGAGGAUGCACAAAAUGUUCUAGCCAUGAUACUAAAAGUGCGCCGAAGAUCAUGGCGGAUUUUGAUUGUGACAAUAUCACUGAUGUCGAUGGGUUUCCUAUGUGUAUUAAAUUUACUGGCUGAUGAAUUGAACUUUUCUGAAAAGAAGGUUAAGAGACAGAAAGAUGAUGGAUUUUUACUCAAAGACCCAGAAUUAUAUAUUGCACAGGGAAUUAGGAAACCCCAAGCAGCCAUUGAUAAAAGUGACCAUGGCAAUGUAAAAUUUGAUGAGGGUUCGUAUAAAAAAUUCAUUUUCACAUCACACAAAAACAUUCCAGAUAAUCCUGAUCAAGAUAUCGGAGCAGACAACAGUGAUGAGGAAUAUCCAGAUGGUGGAUUGGUUGAUGAUGAUGAUGAUGAUGACGCUGAUGAUGACAAAGACAAUACAGGAGAAGGAUUGAAUGACAAGUUUAAAACUGGCUCUCUGAACAAAAUAUUCGAACCUUAUGACUUCCAGAACAUGUCCAAGUUGAUAUUUGCAAAACCUCCUUUGCGCUUCCAAGAAAUUCCUAAUGGAAAACAAAUGUCUGAAGAGAAAGUAAUGGCUCCGUCAGAUGUGAGGGAACCCUUGGGAAAACAUGCAGUGUCUGAAGGGAUCUUCUGGAGCACUUAUGUAGAGAAAAUGGUGCCUAAAGGGUUCUCAGAUGAAGAAGUAUUCAAUUACACCGAGAGCAUACAGUCCCAACAUGUCCAAAGCAUGGAUCUUGCUUCCUGGAACAAGUGUGGAAGACCUAAGAAUGCUUACGUUACUCUGAAGGACAAGAGAGUCGUGUGUGCCCGCUAUAGAGACUCUCAUGUCAAGUUUAUUCUAGGAGAAGUGCUGUCCUUCUAUCUGUCUCGCUUACUGGGACUGGACAAUGUCCCUGCUGUGGUACUCUCGGUCACGAGUGAUGACCAGUGGUCUGAACAAGAUCUGGACAAACUCGAGUGGCAGAAGAAUCAGCUGGUGGCAUUGAUACAGUGGAUCCCGAAUAUGAACACAUUCAGUUCCUAUGUCAAAAUUCCUUUGAGGAUCUUGAAGGCGUAUCAUGAUGGAAAACCGAUUCUAGGUGCCCACCUACACAAUGCCACCCUGCAGGAAGUCAUAGAACUACACCAGUGGGGAAGCUUGUUCUUGUUUGACUACCUCACUGCAAACUACGACAGAGUUGCAAGUAUGCAGGAUGCUGCAUAUGAACAGAAGAAACCAGCCAUAAUUACCGAGAGAAUCCGAAAUCUGUUCAAGUCCACCAAGACCAAUAAAUUUUGGUUAAUUGACAAUGAAAGUGGACUUCUGGAUGCCUAUUACUUAAUGUACAAUAAAGAUUUCGGAGGCAGCAAGUUUCUUGCUUUCCAUCAACAGAUGUUACAAACCAUCUGUGUCUUUCAGAAGUCAACUGUGACUGCUAUACAGAGACUUCUGCAGAAGGAGGAGCCUCACGUGUAUUUAUAUAACUAUGCCAUGUCACAUGAUCCUGUCCUUCGAAAAGUACUCCCAAAUUACAAUUUGAACUUGAUACAAAAGUGGUUCCCCAAAAGACUUGCGGAAGUAUACAAGUGGAUAAAUCAGUGUGCCAGCUGACACGAGAUAACACACAAAUAGUUUCCUCAAUCUGUGAUAAAACUUAAACCCACACCAAAGUACUUCACUCAGGCAUCAGAAAACAGUGUUCAAAGUACAAUCAGUGCGAAAUCUGUCCAUGAAUAUUUAAUGUGUGUCUUCAAGAAUGAUGAUUACUCUGUCUGGUGAAAGAAUGAGUAAAUGUGGAUCGUCAUGUUAUAUUUUUAAUACUGCGGCUUUUGUCAAUAUAUUUUAUGACAGCGCUGAUAAAUCCUUAACUGUGUGAUAUAAAACACUUGUUAUGUUACAUAAUUGUGUGAAAAGUAAACAUUUCUUUUAUCAUGUUUUUAAACAUUUUAAGAAGAGGAUCAGACCUGGGUUUUUUUAUCUGACAUGGGAGGGGACACAUUUCAGUAUUGCGUGGUAAAAGUCUGUGUUUGUAACAUAUAUUGAGUCAUAAUGUGUAUAAAUUUUGAAGUGUACAUUUUUUAUCCUUUAUUUUAGUAUAUGUACUUUUAUUUUUAUUUGCCCACAUUUUAUGCCAAGUACAUGCACCUAUGAGACUAAACACUUCAGUGUAUGUGUAUCUGCCUAGGAGCUCUAUGAACGUCAUGAAUACAGUCUACAGCUUUAAAAUCACUCGUGCUUAUUUUUCAUGGCUUCUGGUCAAAAUCUGAUUUCAUGCAGUUGUAAAUUUACUUUUUUUUAUGUCCAUCCUAUAUGAAUUUUAUAACAUGAUUAUUCAUCGUUUUGGUGUACAAUAAGUAUAUGGAAAAUGAAACUGCAGUAAGAAUCGAGACAGCAUAUGAUGUAAUUACACCAUGUUAAAGUAUAGUGUGCGUGUACUUGAUGCUGUUCUGGAUAAAUUCUACGUUUUACAUUACCUACACGCACAGGAGUGCAAGUCUGAUUGCUCCUUUAUUAUGAUUUAAAGUCACAUUUGUUUAUUAUUUUCCUGCUUCGUCAUACAUUUUUGAACAAUCACUUGAUGUAAAACGUAGAAUAUAUUUCGAAUGGCUUCAUUAUGAAAGUCUGAGAAUCGGAAAUAGAGAACGAAGUCUUGCAUUUUAAAGACAUUGGCAAUAUAGACAUUCAUCCAUUUUUCAGAGGCAAUCCAUGAAAUGGUGCUAUUUAUUAGUCUCAAAAAAUCAAUAUUGCAACAGUUGAUUACAGUGCUUUUAUUCUUUAAAAAAUCCACUUAUUUAUUUGUUGUAAGCGUCGUGUUGACUAUUUUGUUAAUGAAUAAAUAAAAUAUGAAAAUAAA